GCAAUGGCACACAGCUUCCUCAAAUAGACGCAGUGGGGCUUCACGAGAGCUUGUGUCUAAUGCGCCAUCAUUAAACUUAUGAUGACGCCCAGGGAAAGGGGUUGUUAGCGCUGGGGUCACAUUUCUUAACCGCAUACAGAAAUCUCUUUGUAGUCUGAACAUCUGAUUCAACACGCUUUGGAAGUCGGAGUCGAGGAAGAAGAAAACUUGCAGUCAUGUCUCUUGUAAAAAACCGCAUUGUGCAUUCCCCUUACCCAUCUGUCGAUACACCAGAAUGCACGCUCUACAAUUUCCUAGCACCAAUGUUGAAGAAACACGCAGAGAAGAAAGCUUGUAUCGAAGGCACCAGGACUACAAGUUUUGCUGAACUACUGAAGCUUGUGCGCCAGUUUGCGACGGGAUUCCAAAAGAACGGCGUGUGCCAUGGUGACCGCAUCCUCUUGGCUGUCAACAACACGACCGACGCGCUCGUUGCCACUCUGUCACUCAUGUUCUCCGGCUGCGUCGUUUGCUUUUGCAGUGGCCCGAGAACCAAACAUGAGUUGCUGUACCACGCGAGGGACGCCAAGGCGGAAUUUUGUCUCGUGGACGCCGAUCAGUUGCCGUUGUUCGUGGAGAACCAGAAAGAGUGCAACUUGAAGAAAAUAUUUCUCACCACGGACGCCGUAGGCUUCGUGGCCAUCACAUCCUUCAAGGACCUCCCAGAAAUGCCUUUGGAAAAUCUGCGUGAGACGGACACAAAAAAGGCGCUCUGCGCUGUUGCCUUCACGUCGGGAACGACUGGCGAUCCCAAAGGGGUCAUGAUCUCACAGUACAGCUUCGUGGCGGCGGUUCAGGGCCUAUUGGAACUAAAAACCGUGUCUGAAGACGACGUGGCCAUUAACCUCUGGACGCUGUUUUCAAUUAGCUCAGUAAAGGUCUUUAUGGCACUGUUUGCUUACGGUUGCACUGCUGUAAUUGUCAAGCCGAAUAGCGGAAGCCAAAAUUUGAUGGAAGAAAUCAGACGCCACAAUGUCACCACCGUGUGCGCCUCGGCGAUGCCCAUGACUGCCCUGGCCCACGACGCCUACAGCAAGGGCGAGAAGCUUCCGACUGUGCGGCGCGCUUGCAGCAUCGGGGGCACGCUGCUGCCCUCGGUGGUCGCGAAGAUGCGUGACGUGUACCAGCUGAUCACAUUGACGCACAUUUACGGGAUGACCGAAGCAGCGGGCUGCGUACUGGUGCCACCAAUCGACACCCUGACCCUGCCGUUUCUGGGCUACGCCGGCCCCAGCGUGCUCAUCAAGGUGGUGGACAUCGACACAAAACAAGCACUCCCUGAAGGCAAAAAUGGACAGAUUUGCUGCAAACUUCCAAGCGUAAUGAUGGGCUUUUUAAACAAACCAGAAGAAACGCGAAAAGUUCUCGACUCCGAAGGGUGGCUCCUGUCAGGAGACUGCGGGUACUACGACGCGGAAGGUCGCGUGUACUACAUCGACCGGCUGUCCGACAUGAUCAAGUGCAUUGGCUAUCACGUGCCCACGGCUGAGCUCGAGCAGGUGCUUGUCGGCGUCCCGGAGGUACACGAGGCUGCCGUGAUCGGGGUUCCCAGUGUCCAGUACCAGGACGCACCGGUCGCCUUCAUUGUCACCAAAGCGGGCGCGACAGCCAGUGCAUCCCUUGCCGAGAAGAUCAAGAAGCAUGUGGCAGGGGAGAACCAGCUACGCGUAAACAAGUGCUGCUAAGGAAUGCAGGAAUGCAGAAACGUAGCCCUGCCAAAAAGAGUUGUCCCAAGCACAUGCAGCUCUACGGUGGUGUCGUAUUCGUCGAAAAGUUACCCAAGAACGACAUGGGAAAAGUGCUCAAGAGGGAGCUCCGGCAAUUGGCCC